AUGUUUAAACUCACUCUCCAAAUCGCGCGCACUUUUGCCAGACCUAUAUCGUUCCCCUCCAAACGCCAUUUCAGACAAAACUCCAACUCAGCGUCCGACCGUACCAUGUGCGUUAAUCGUACCGUUCACGAGCUGCAGGUCACACAGGGUACGACGACUAACGGUCACAUUGUCAACAAGAUAUGUAUACGCCUCGCCAACGAUAAAGCAACGACGCGUACAGAGCAACUCAUCUGGCUCGCAAAGCAUGCCCUAGAGACAUCAGCAGUACCCAAGCGCAACACCGACCGCAGUGAUGAAUUCGUAUCUCGCGAGCGACCAGAGAAGGACGAAGACAAGCAAAAAGCAGCUGCUUCUGAAGCGAAUGGUAAACAGUCUCAGGAGAGCGUUUCUGUGUGGCCGUCUAUGUGGUAG